CCAUUUCUUCGCAGGGUUUGCGUAAUAAGUCAAACAAAGAAAUAUUUAGAAAUUCACCCUCACGUCAACACAGAGACUCACCCUGCUUUUGACUGUAAUUCUGCAGUCUUGUUUUUGUGAUGGUAUAUUUUGUGUGGUAUAUUCAUUAGUUAUACGCGUCACCGUACGGUACUUUUUUAUAUGAUUCCUACACGGAGGGCCAUGACCAAAUGUGUUGGGUGCAAAGAAUAUGAAAUUGAUCUGUUUUUACAAGUUAUUAAAUUGCAUUUUGCUUUGUUGUUUGUCUGAAGGAUUUUCGAGACGAUCGCAAAUUCGGAAUUUCAACCUGCUUAUCCAACUGAGAGUUAAGUAUCUGAAAGAAAUGGCUGUCUAUAUCACCCGAAUCCUGCAGUACUGUAUGGUUGCUGUCUCUGCUUUGGCCAUAAUCGAGAAUCUCCUCGUGAUUGCAGUCUUUGCUGGGACUAAAAAGCUCCGCAUCAAAUACUACAUCUUCGUCUUCAACCUGGUGCUGGCUGACUUGAUCUUCGCCGUCCUCACCGUAGUAAAUCCCUGGCGUCCGUCACCCAUACUCGAAGGUUUUAUCACCGGAGCUUACAUAGUCUCCAUUUUGACUAUUUUGGCUGUUGCUAUCAAUCGUUAUGUGGCCCUGUCCCUUAUGCCUUCGGCUCGCUACGAUUCACUGGUGACCGGGUGUCGUGUGGUCGGAGUUUGUAUCAUUUGUUGGUGUUUGAGUCUCGCGUAUGGUUUAGUGAUGUACAAUGCUGUCCCAGUUUGGGUUUUUGAUAAAGUGCACAUCUUUGGUGCCUCACUGGCAGGAUACAUCGUGUGGCUUAUCACCGCUCUUGUUUAUUACUUGGCUUUCCGUAAGAUCAAGCAUUACACCCCACCUCUUGCAUCCGCGGAGGGCAUCAGUGCCAACGAGGAGCGAGAUCAAACCCGAGUCCAGCAGACUCGUCGUUUAUUGGUCAUGUUUGUUCUCAUUCUUGUGACUUCAUUCGUUUCGUUGGCUCCUGCUUUCGCACUGAGGGUGAUUGCAUUCCUUAAUCCAUCCCUUUGGCAGAAUGGAAUAUUUGAAGCGUGUGUUUGGGGAAGUUACGUGCUGUACACUCUCUCUACCGUGAUCAAUCCGUUGAUAUACUGGUGGCGGUUGGAAGGUUUCAGAGAGGGGUUUUACGCAAUGUUUUGUCGAUGUGUAUGUAGAGCAGAAAGUCAAGAAAUCGAGCAUUUAGUUUCUGAUAAUGGUUUGUAAAUGAAGAAAUGUGUUAUCCCGAACGGAGAGUCACAAUUGUAGAUCUAUAAAGGCAUAUUUUAAGACAUCUUGCACUGACAACACGAACAAAUUGUUUUGCCACGAUUCUUUGUUUUCUAUCCGUAUUCCUAUUCAAUUGUUACCGUCUAAUCCGAUUCGAAAGGGUCAAAACUAAGUGUGUUUGAAUUUGUUGUGUAAAAUUAGAGUGUCAGUAAUUAAUAUCAACUGAAAACAGUCAUCAAAAAAGAUAGCUGAUACUUCCUAAUACUUGGCGUCUGGUGAUUGAAGCUAUCGUACCUGACGAAAUAUCACCUUUGCUUAAAUAUACGCUCUUCAUUAAACAAAUUCAUAAAUAUAGGCAGUAUGUCAUGCAUUUUAUUAGUUUGUUAUUGUAAUUAUUGAAUUAGUAAUCAUAUCUGUAUAUUUUUAGUCUGUUAUUGAAUUAGUAAUCAUGUCGGUAAUUUAUUAUUUUCUUAUUGUAAUUAUUGAAUUAGGAAUCAUAUUUACAUUUUAGUUUGUUAUUGUAAUAUUUGGCCCAUAAGGUCCGUAUUAGAAUAUGCGUCACCAGUCUAGCAUACAGCCAUGGCUCAAUCCCAGUUGAUGAAAAUAUAAUUCAUUGAAAAAAAGAGCUGUUCACAUUUGACUUGAAAAGAAACACAAUUACAACAAAGGUCUUGAAUUGAACCAACAAACGCCAAAGCUCUAUUUGUGUUUUGGGGUUUGGCCAGCGCGCGCUCUGGAAAUAUGCUCUAAAUAGGUUGCUUCAGUGAGGUUCUUUUGUUCACUUACUCGGGUAGGGCUUGGCUAGAUUCCAGUGUGGGGUAAAGUUGUUACAAUUGAAUACAUUUGUUCAGACCGUGUGUUUUCUAUGCUGGGAAUCAGCAGUUGUGGUACUGGUAGCAGCAGGUUGACCACAGAGUUCUUAUUGCUGAAUAAAUAAGUGUUUCUUCAGAAGUUGGAAAUCCUGUGUUUGUCCCCUUUUCUUGCGUUUUGCCGGAUUCGGAAGACAAGAGCCCAAUAAGUUCCCGCUACAAUAUCAACGUCUAGCCUCUAGAAUAUCUCGACGCAGGAGAUCAGCUGGUACGACACGCCACAAUUGACUUUCAAUAGGAAUAUUAGGUCGCUUUUCGUAUUGUAAUUAUUGAAUUAGUAAUCAUAUGUACAUUAUAAUUAUUGUAAUAAUUGGCCCAUAAGGACCGUAUUAGAAUAUGCGUCACCAGUCUAGCAUACAGCCAUGCUAAAUGCCAGUCGAAAAAAUAUAAUUUAAUGAAAAAAGAGCUGUUCACAUUUUACUUGAAAAGAAAUACAAUUAUACAACAAAGCUCUUGAUCUGAACCAACAAACGCCAAAGCUCUAUUUGCGUUUUGGGUUUGGCCAGCGCGCGCUCUGGAAAUAUGCUCUAAAUAGGUUGCUUCAGUGAGGUUCUUUUGUUCACUUACUCGGGUAGGGCUUGGCUAGAUUCCAGGGUAUGGUAAAGUUGUUACAAUUGAAUACAUUUGUUCAGACCGUGUGUUUUCUAUGCUGGGAAUCAGCAGUUGUGGUACUGGUAGCAGCAGG